AUUCUUAAUUUGAAUGACCUUUCAGCGUCAGCGCCAAAAUAUUUUGGAUUAAUACUCUUAUAAAUGGCCUCUCCACAGGAUUUAGCCGCUGAGCUGGCUGCUAACGCCAAGAAACUCGUUGCUCCAGGAAAGGGAAUUCUUGCAGCAGAUGAGUCCACCAAGACUGUCAAGAAUCGCUUUGACAACGUUGGUAUAGAAAACACUGAGCAGAACCGCGCUGCCUAUCGUUCCAUGCUCUUCUCUACUGAAGGGCUUGGAGAGUAUAUUUCUGGAGCUAUUUUGUAUGAGGAGACCCUGUUCCAAAAGGCUCCAUCUGGCAAGUUGAUGGUUGACUUGUUGAAGGAACAAGGUAUUUUACCCGGAAUCAAAGUUGAUAUUGGUUUGGUUCCGCUUCCUAACUCCAAUGGUGAAGUAAGUACUCAGGGAUUGGAUGGAUUGGCUGAAAGAUGCAAGAAAUACUAUGAAGCUGGAGCUAGAUUUGCCAAGUGGCGCGCCGUCUUGUCUAUUGAUCAAGCUAAGAAUAAGCCAUCCCCUCUUUCCGUUGCUGAGACUUCCCAUACGUUGGCAAGAUAUGCCGCAAUUUGUCAGAGUAACGGUCUUGUUCCAAUUGUGGAACCAGAAAUAUUGGCAGACGGUGACCACUCUAUUGGAACCUGUGCUGAAAUUUCUGAGAAGGUCUUGGCUUCGGUUUUCAAGGCAUUGAAUGACCAUCAUGUCUUGCUUGAGGGAGCAUUGCUGAAGCCUCAUAUGAUAACAAAGGGAUUUAGCUGCCCUGACGAGCAAACCGCUGAUCAGGUUGCAUUUUAUACCUCCAGGACCUUGAGGAGAACAGUCCCACCUGCCUUGGCUGGUAUUGUAUUUUUGUCUGGUGGUCAAAGCGAAGCUGAUGCCACCAUUCAUUUGAAUGAGAUUAACAGGGCUAAUGAGCAUCCAUGGGCUCUUUCAUUUUCAUACGGCAGAGCUUUGCAGGCUUCUUGCCUCAAGACAUGGAACGGUAAGCCAGAAAAUGCCAAGGAUGCUCAGGCUGUUUUGUUGAAGCUUGCAAAGGAUAACUCUCUUGCUUCUACUGGGUCACUUAAACAUCACGAUACGGGAUCUUCUAGUUCCAAGUCCCUUUUUGAGGCCAAUUACGUGUACUAGGUCGCUGGUCC